CAUUGGUCCCAAUGUCUCUGUGAACUGUGAAGAUCACAAUUUGUCCGGGUGUGUGUGUGUUUCAGAUCAGUCUCCCCUUUCUAGACCCAGCAGUUGCAGUAGUGUUUUCCCAGAAUUCUCAGUCGAUUCCUUCAAGACCUGCAGCGAGCUGGAGCAGGAGAACGCUCAUUUCGUAGUUGUGGACAUGGUUCUGGACAUACUGGAAACAGCCAAGUGGACUUUGAGCACCCAGCAGCAGCAGCAACAGCAGCUGCAGCAGAAGAACCAUCCUCAGGCUUACCCAAGCCGAUGCACGCUCACACGCUCACGCACAAAGGCCAGACCUAAGAGUUCUGCCAUCUCGAGUAGCAAGGAUUUUGAAGAUGGUCCAGCCGUUAGACUGAUGCCUCCAGAUUCCCUCAGAAGAGCAGAGUGGUUGGCCCAGCAGCUGGUGAUGGAGUUUAAGAGGAACUGGCUUCCUUCCCAUAAGCCUCAGCGUGGACGUCGGAGCCUUCGUAGUUCACUGCAGGAGUUACCAGGAACCGGCGGUAUGUCACCAAGCGGCGGGUGCCUGAGAGACGGAAUGAAACUAAGGACCUGUAGGAGUGGGAGUGUAAGCUGGACACCUCCGCGUUUCCAGUUAAUUCUCCAGAUUCAGCCGACGCUCAGGCGCAGUGAGGUGAUGGCCUUACAGAACUAUCUGUGUGCAGGAUGUGGAACGGAGGUGGAGCCAAAAUACAUCAAGAAACUGCUGUAUUGCACAUACCUGAACAGAUAUUUCUGUGAGUGCUGUCACAGCAGUUCUGAAGCUGUGAUCCCCGCUCGAGUUCUGGCCAACUGGGACUUCGGCAGAUUCCCAGUCAGUGAUUUUUCCAAACAUCUGUUGGACUCAGUUUGGCAUCAGCCUCUGUUUGACCUCAGCUGUUUGGUUGAGACGCUGAGAGUAAAGGAGCUGGAAAAGUUAAGUGUGCGUUGAAUUAAUAUAUGUUUU